CGGGCGCCCGUUGGAGCGGGGGAGAGGGACCGGCGGACCGAGGCCCGCGUCACGUGAGACGUUUGUUGACUUCCUGGAGCGGCGGCGGCGCACUGGGAAUUCCCCGCGGUGGCGGAGGCCGAUACCGGGGGCGGAGGCGAUGGGAGCCCGAGGGGGCCCGAGCAGGGACCGCAACAGCCGGCGCUGCCUUUCCGCCGGGGUGACCGCCCGUUGCUGACCCGCCCGGCCCGAGCAAGGCCCGGAGAGCUGUCAUGGAGGAGCUGGUAGAGGAUGACAUCUGUAUUUUGAACCACGAAAAAGCAGAAAACGGCCAUAAGAGAGAUGGGGAGAUUCCUGUUUCAUCUUACAGUGGAGAUGAGUCUGUUGCCUCACACUUCGCACUUGUCACUGCAUAUGAAGAUAUCAAGAAACGGCUAAAGGAGACAGAGAAGGAGAACUCCCUCUUAAAAAAAAGAGUGAGAAUUCUAGAAGAGAAGCUGCUCGGCUCCCGGCUGGAAGAAGAAUGCAGCUCCGUUGGCCGUGAACAAGUAAAUAAGGCAUACCAAGCCUAUCGAGAGGCCUGCAUUGACCGAGAUAAUCUGAAAAGCAAACUGGAUAAAAUGAUAAAAGAAAAUGCAGAAUCACUGAAAAACUUGAACGAACAGUUGCAGUCUAAAGAAGUAGAGCUGUUACAACUAAGAACUGAAGUGGAAACUCAACAAGUGAUGAAAAAUCUGAAUUGUACUCAAUCCAGCUGGGAAAUUGAGAAACUGAGUAGUGACCUGAAAGUGCAUAGUCUGGAACAGGAUCUAGAAAAGCUCAAGCAAGAGUGCAACAGUCUCAAAAAGGAGUUGCAAAAAUCCAAGCAGAAGGACCAGGCUCAGGACGAAAAUCCAUCAAAUGGAGACCACCUUCAAAGGCAAGACAUUCAGAGCGUGCAUCAAGCAUAUUGGGAACUGAAGAGAGAAAUGUCUAAUUUGUGCCUGGUGACUGACAUGCAAGCUGAGCUUCUACGAAAACUGAAAACAAACCCAACAGCGACCAAGAAAGCUGCCUCUACUGCACCAGUACAAUGUGUUGACUUGAACAUUUCAAAGCUGAACUUGACGCCUGGGGUAGUCUAUAAAAAACUCUCCCAAAAUGAUGAAUUACUCUGCAAUGCUGUGUCUCCCCCUCUGCCCAGAGAAGUAAAAAUCCCACCGGAGAGGGUGACUCUACAAGCAUGGACAGAUGAGAGACCCAUUCCAGCUGAUGGCAAAACGUUUCAGGAACACCAUUCUUACGGAAAGAGCUCGCUGGAUGAUAAUUCCUGGGUAUUCCCAAGUCCUCCAAAGCCUAAUGAGAAUGUGUUUUGGGAAAUGAAAAACAAAACAACUUUGUUAAACUGUCCAGCAGAUUACCUGGAUCAGUGUAAUCAAAACUGUCUGCACAAGAGUUAAACAAUUUUUUUUUGAAUGAACUGAGGCGUUUUUAGAAUGGUUCUGAAUAGGCACCUUAACGCUUGAACUUUUAAAGAGGAGAAAACAAAUUGCCUGAAAUGUGUUUUUUUUUCUUUAUUUUUAAUUCUAGUUCUGAAACAGAAAGCCUAGUCUUCCUCUGCUGUAAAUCAGGAGCAAGUUCCUUGAAGUUAAAGCUGUGCUGGUAUAAUGUAAAUAUAAAGAAAUCUAGAAUGGGACCUAGAUAGUCUUGUACUGCAAAUGCCACACAUUUGCAAAAGAUUACACUGAAGGGUGAGUUCUUGGAAUAAAACAAAAUUAUCCAGUUCUGUAUUUGUUUGCUAUUUGUACGCUCUCCAGAAAAUACUUGGUAUCCUGUGUUAAAACUUAUACCAGCUCCGAGCUUAUUUUCUGACACUUGUCUCUCCCUUCCUCCUUUCAGUUAACUUUCUGAUUCCGCUGGUUUAGAAAUGCAUUUUUAUGUAAUUUUUUAACCAAGAAAGGUAAGGGGUUAUUUUUGACAAAAUUUUGAUUUAUAUUAGUGGCAAGAGGAGACUCAUUCCUAGGCUGUCCUGUUUAGACUGCACCAUUUUGGGCUUGAUUGUGACUGACUCAUACAGGAUGGUAAGUAAUGCUGCUGAACACCCACUCCUGGAUGUUCAGCCCGUUGCCCUCAGUUCAUGCGGUGUCGCCGCAGGAUCAUCCUCUCCCCGGUGCAGUUCCCCUUAUUGUGCCUCCUGCACAGUGCUCAACCCUGACUUGGGACUUGUGUGGUGGUGAAGGCUACUAACUUUUCUUUUAUUAAAGAAACAAAGCCUUAAUUUAAUUAGCCUGGGUGGUGUAGCAUUGGUGAUAGACAUAACAAGUAUUGUUGUGGUAUCUUUAGGAUGCCACUGAGAACUAGUGUUAUUUGAAUUGAGCUGCCUGCUUUGUAGAUUAUGGGUGUCUAAGUACUAUUUUUUUUUUCUCUUAAGGCCACGAACUCUUUUUAGACAAAUACAAUUUAUGCCUUUUUUUAUGAAAAAAACCUGUUCUCCUCCAUAUCUGGCUUAAUACAACGGGGUGAAGUGAAAUGCCUUGACUGCUUAAUACAUUGAAGCAAAUGCUUUGUAUUGUAGAUCCACGAUAUCAAACCUGUAAUGGGUGGGAAGAUACUUAGUAUGUUAUUUAAAGAUGUGUGGGUGGGUGAAGUGCUCAACUUCACAGGUCCAGCUUAAGAUCAGUGUAAUAAAAAUUAAUUUCACAGCUGUUUAGUAGCAAAUUAUCUUAAAAUUGCUUGCAAAUACAUGGGGAAGCUAUGGCUGUAGCAUAGCCCUGGUGAUGAUGGGCUGGAAAAGCGUUACCAAGGUGCUGCAUGACCUGUGUCUCUCCAGACACUUUCCUCCCUCUGGAGUAAGUACUUCAUGUGAUGCCCCUCAUCUUCUCCUUGCUCGGUUUGUCUAUCAAAGGUGAAAAAAAUGCCUUCCAGAUACCUUCUACUAUAUUAGUGAACAGCAUACAUAAGUAAUGUUUCCCAUGCACCAGAUAUUGUUUUUAUCUUUCUAUUAUCUUGCUCACGUAUACUGGCUUGUCUGUGAUUAAUGGAAAUGGUGUCAGAUGCUGGAAUUUAUUCUGACCAAUGAACACAGCUGACUCAGGGGAGUACAAUCUCUUGGAAAGUAAUAGAACAAAACCCAAUAUGCAUAAAACAAAUCCAAGUCACUAGGCUUUAGCUGAUAAAACCAACUACCUGUGUAAUAACAAAGCAGCAGCAAACAUUUCUCAUGUGGCUGCAUAAGCUACACGGAAUCUACUUCUACUGUAGCUUACUUUUCAGGGCUCCCCACCUCAAUGUUACAGAGGGGUUUUUUAUUAAAUAAUGUCCAACAGACAUCAACAUGAUUAAUACUUUGAUUUGUGCAAUGAAGGAAUUCUACUGUGUAAGAUUUUAAAUAAAUUUAUUUUUGUUUGGUA